AUGACCUGUACCAUUCCCGAUGAGUUUUCCAAUUAUGAGAUAUAUCUGGGACUGGAGUCUACCCGAAAUGCCAUACAUGUGGGGAAUGUCACCUUCGAUGAUGGGAAUAAAGUGUUCGCUAAAUUAGCCAAUGAUGAGAUGCAAUCAGUUAAGCCAUGGCUGACCACACUUAUGGACGCAGACUAUAAGGUUAUUCUAUAUAAUGGUCAACUGGACAUAAUAGUAGCCCCACCUCUCACUGAGAACUUCAUUCAAAGCAUAAAGUGGUCGAAAGCGAGUCAAUACAAGUCCGCUGACAGACUCGUGUGGAAAGUGAGUGAUAAGGACACAGAAGUGGCCGGUUAUGUGAUGUUAUACAACGGACAACUGGAUAUAAUAGUAGCCCCACCUCUCACUGAGAACUUCAUUGAAAGCAUAAAGUGGUCGAAAGCGAGUCAAUACAAGUCCGCUGACAGACUCGUGUGGAAAGUGAGUGAUAAGGACACAGAAGUGGCCGGUUAUGUAAGGGUUGUCCACAACUUUUAUCAAGUGAUUAUACGAAAUGGUGGACAUGUCGUAGCCUUUGAACAGCCCAGGGCUACAUUGGAUAUGUUGACCAGAAUGUGA